CGCUGCUCAUGCCUUCCUGUUGGUCAGAGCUGGGAGAAGUUCACUCUGAUCAGCUGAUUCCAACUGACAACAAGAGAGGAGGAAGCCUGGGAGGCAGCAGAGGAGGAGGGGGCGGAGAUGUUGCUGAGGAUGGAUCUGUCGGGGCCCUAGAGCAGCCUAGGUCCCGCCGGUAACCCGCGUCUCCCACAUCGCCUUGCCGCGGCCAAGCUGCUCCGGGGAGCCCUUGAAAUCCAGACAGCUCCUCCCUCCCCACCUUCUUUCAUCACUACGACUUUGUGGCUGAGGCCCAGCUGAUGAGCCUACUACCUUUGUGAACCCAGCAAGCCUCUCACCGCACAUCCAAGACUCAGCCCAGUUCCUUCUGACCACAACUUUCUCUGCACUUUGCAGAGGAUGAAACCUUCAAACUCAAGUCGACAGCACUGCUGAAACAAGAGCCUGGGAGGCAGAGCACUAAAAAUUUGGAUAUUUGUGCGUGUGCAAAAAUUCCUAGCUGGACAGGUUUUGCUUUUUAAAAGUGUUCAGAACCCUGUGGAAGCACUAGCCACCUUCAGACUCCAAGCCUUUGUCUUCCUUCAUUCCCGGGAGAGUACAAUAGUGAGCGGUCCAGGCGGGGUGGUUUUUAGACAGUCUAAGUUAUGAGUGCCCAGGCUUCCCCAGCCGAGAAGGGCCUGAAUCCGGGCCUCCUGUGCCAGGAGAGCUAUGCCUGCAGCGGGACUGACGAAGCCGUCUUUGAAUGUGAUGAGUGUUGCAGUUUGCAGUGUCUCCGCUGUGAGGAGGAACUGCACAGGCAAGAGCGCCUUCGAAACCACGAGCGGAUAAGACUCAAAGCUGGCCACGUCCCGUACUGUGACCCCUGCAAGGGCCCCAACGGGCAUUCUCCAGGUGUGAGGCAGAGGGCAGCCGUGAGGUGCCAGACCUGCAAAAUCAACCUGUGUCUGGAAUGCCAGAAGAGGACUCAUUCGGGAGGUAACAAGCGGAGACACCCCAUUACUGUGUACCAUGUCAGUAAGGUCCAGGAACCCCUGGAGGGGGAUGAGAUGGAUGAGGAGACCAAGAGGAAGAAGAUGACAGAGAGGGUUGUGAGCUUCCUCCUGGUCGAUGAAAACGAAGCGAUUCAGACCUGCAUUAAGUUGUCUGCCGUGUGCACGGCCCUGCGUGAGCCGCUAAUGCAACACAAACGCGACUCUUCUCAAAUGCUGCGAUCUAAAAAUACUGGCGAGUAA